UUCUUCAUAAAAAAUUUGUGCAGUAACAACUUCUUUCGGUGUAAAAAUAUUAAAAAAAAAAAAAUCUUAAUACAUAACUAUUGGCUUAUCUACAAAUUCGAAAUUUUCUAUACGUUUAUUCAUAGUACAUAUAUUUAAUUUGGAAAAAAAAAUGUUUGUUUCGGCCUUAUGUGGACGAUCSCUGGCUUGUGGUGGGCAAAAGCUUAUGUCAAGGGCUAUCCUUUCCGCGUCAAUUAUUGCUAAGGCACAAACAGCAAAUCGUUUUAUAAACUAUCGACUCGAAUGUUCGAAAGAUGGUACGCGUUUGAAAAGACCACUGAAAAAACCACGAACCAUGUGGUUAAAUCCUGAUUGUUGUUUGGAUCCGUGUCCCAAUAUACAGCCACGUUUCGAUGAACUCUUUUACAAAGCAUCCGAUAAGGCAAAGCGCAAGUACACACAAACAUGGGUUGAAUGUCCAAAGAUGAAAUAUGCUCGGAAGAAAGUAUGCUGUUACGAUAACAUCAUACAGCCAACUUUCAAAAGACGUACUCACAAGAGAAAAGUCGCUGCAGAGGAGUGUAAACCCAAACCGACUAAAUUAAUGACAUGUAAGACGGUGUCGAAAAGAAAGUGCCCAAGAUUUAUCUUGCCUGGUUGCAAAGCCGCUCGUGAUCCUGCAAAAUGUGGUUUUCCACGACCGAAGGUUGAUUGUCAUAAAGUCUGUACGCCUUAUCCGAGUUUCUCAGAAUGUGUAAAGAAGAAAAUCGCUCCACCACGGCCGAUCGAAUGUCGUUGUCUGGAUAUACCAACUAUGUGUGAAGUAUGGAUAGAAUUUCGGCGAACUUUGGGCCUCAAACAGAAGCGUAAACAUUAAAUUAAAAAUUACUAACACUGGAGAAACAAACAUGUAAACUCUUUGUAUGAAAAAAUUAACCUUACUGUAAAAACUAAAAUAAU